ACUGUACAGCUCCGUUCCUACAGUACCUAACUUAAAAGGUAAAAGGUACCUUAGGUAAGGUAAGGUAAGGUUGGACCUGGUUGGUAAGGUUAAGUUAGGUACCCAGUACCUAAUUCCUUGUAUUGAGGUCCUUGUGUUGUUCCAGUGUUUAAUACCUAUUCCUUGUCUUCUUACACUACCUUCCCUCCUACCGACCUAUCUACCUAGGUAGUCAAGGUAGGUAAGCUUAGAAAAUUCCAGUACCGCUGCUUUCAGCUACCUUUCCUUCCCCCUUCCCUCCCAAUAAGGUUCAUCCUUCCAGUCUUUUUCUCUUUUCUUUACCAUACUCCAAGAGAAGUUCUUCGAAACACCUCAUGUAACACCCGUAUAGGAAAGCUUAGAGCUACCUCGGCAGAGCUGUUUUAUUUUUAUUUUUUUUUACUCCAUACCGAAUUCAGCAUUGAACUAUUCAACGUUGCAUGUACAAGCUUCAUAGACCAGGUCUAUCCAUCAAUUGAUCAUUAUCAGCUGUAACUUCUUAUCGUCGCCAUCCCUAUCGAUCUUGCGAACUUUCCGGUUUCCCCCUCCCCGCCUUUGGAUUCCCGACCAGUAAAUGGCGGGGUCGAUUAGGUCAAGAUGCCGCCUCGAUCUUCUUUAACGUCUUCAUUUUCUAUUACCGACUCCAACAAUGAAGUCGUAUGUCCGCUGCGAAACCAAGAUGGCUCGAGUUGUCGCAAGCGUUGCAUCGGUGAAAAACGAUAUCGAUCAAUGCAAGAACACAUUCGGCGAGCGCAUCCAGAACAUUAUAUUUCUAAGCUCCCCGCGACCGAGGAGAGCUUCUUGCUUAUGAUUAACACACCUCCUUCGGAUCGAUCUCAAGUCCAGAACUCUGCUAGCCAGCCGCCAACAACAAGUCUUGACCCGACCCAAGAGUAUCCGCACGAUCGUCAUGCAUACUCCCGAGACGCGUCCAGCGCUCCCGGGACCCCUAGGAAUCAUGACGAAUAUACUGGAGGUUCGCUAUUACCAGCCGCGAGUGCCGCCGCUGCUUUGGCACAAUUGGGUGGCCAGCACAAAUUUGAGACGGAUUGGGAUAAUGAACCAGGUUGGCAAUCUGACAACGACGGCCGGAGAAUACCGAGGAGUACAAUUGAAUUACCUCCAAUACAUUUCGGGAACGAGUCAACGCCAACUAGUGAACCAUUACCUUCCCUGAGCUCUGCGUCACGUAAGGGUUUACUUCCGUCAAUUCUUUCCAAUUCGCCACCGGGUCGUUCUUCGACUCUUCCUCCGCUUCAAAGGUCGCUUGGCCCCAAUCGACCCAGGAAGCAAUCUAUUACCAAGCGCGGCCAUAAGAAGCAGAAAUCUAGAGGUACCACGAAUGAUUGGCUCCGGAGAAUUCAGAAUGAUGAACGUCUUAAGCCGGGCGGAAUUGACCGUAAAGCUCAUUCCCUUGAGCCCUCAGCCUCCUACGGCAAAAGGUGGGAAGACCUCAUCGAUGCCGCAGCUUCGGCUACGGAAGAUAUCGAUGAAGACAGGACUCCUGUCCCCCAAUCUCCUAUAUCAGUGCAUCGAGCUUCCUUACCCCCAUUCCCACAUCAGCAUUUUCAAGGCUACCAAGCUUCACCUCUACAACAAGCUCUUACUCCACCUUCCUUUGCCCAAGAGAUUCCAGAACCAUUCCCCUCCGUCGAGAGCGGCGAGAGCGGAGAGCAUUUCCGCAUAGGAGCCUCCGGACUUUCAGAUUCAUCGCCUGGUUAUUCGUCUCAGGACGUACACAUAUAUUGUGCGGCUUGUCAGAGGACGUCGAAACUCCGGGAGUCUUAUGCAUGUACGGAAUGCAUUUGCGGCCUGUGUCGAGAUUGUGUCAAUAUCUUGGUGGAGGAGCAAGGAGCCCGACGAAAAUGUCCUCGCUGUGCCACUAUUGGUGGCAGGUUUAAACCCUUCCAGUUGGAUAUCCGAUGAAGCAUCCCGCCACUUAACAGCAUGCCAUUUUAUAUACCGGUUGGCUAGUGACGGUUAUUGACGGUGGUGUGCUCAUCAGGAAGGGGGUAGAUCACCAGGUUCCUGGGCUAGUUCUUUA